GCCAUCUUGGGCUUUCUGUUUCAGACCGAACCGCAGCUUGACAGCAGAGAAGUCCACAACAACCCAACAGAUUAUCUCAAUACACGGGUGAAGAGUUGUGGGGAUGGAGGUAUUUGAGACAGGUGUGACCAUGCAGCCUCUGGCGUAAGGCGCUCUGACCGGUGCCACACCAAGCCGCGAUACACCGGAGUUAUUAUUAUUCUUUAUUUUGUUUUGUCAGUCAUUUUGUUGACUUUUUUGUUUGUUUGAUAUGUUCCACAAAGAACAAUACUAUUGAGGAACAGGAGAGGAGACGAUUGCUUCUAUCUAAUUACAUUUGUUUUGGAUAACAGCCCGUGAGAAGUCAGACUAUUCCUCAAGAUUUAUCCCCCCCUCCCCUCCCCCCACCACCACAAUCAGAAUAAGGACAGUGGCUUGGAUAAUUGACUAGCCAUGAGUACCGCCAGUACCCAGAACCCAGUGAUACUGGGCCAUUCCAACCAGAAUGGCCAGCUCCGAGGCCCGGUGGUGAAGCCUGCAGGAGGCCAAGGCAGCGGAGGAGGCAGUCAUCAGACACAGCAGCCCAGCCAUAUGAAGCAGGCCUCCAGCACAAUCAACAACGGCACUGGGCCUAGCAGCACCCAGCUGGCUAAAGCUACCCCUACAGCCAAUACUGUCAUCAAGCCCGGAGAUGACUGGAAGAGGAAUUUGACGCUCCCUCCAAAAGACACGAGGAUGAGAACAUCGGACGUAACGGCAACUAAAGGCAAUGAGUUUGAAGACUACUGCCUGAAGAGGGAGCUACUGAUGGGCAUCUUUGAGAUGGGCUGGGAGAAACCCUCUCCAAUACAGGAGGAGAGCAUCCCCAUAGCGUUGUCUGGCAGGGACAUUCUGGCCAGGGCCAAGAAUGGGACAGGAAAGAGCGGAGCCUACCUCAUUCCCUUACUGGAACGCAUUGACCUGAAGAAGGACUGUAUACAAGCUAUGGGCAUCGUUCCCACCAGAGAACUGGCAUUGCAGGUGAGCCAAAUCUGUAUCCAGAUCAGCAAACACAUGGGAGGGGUCAAAGUCAUGGCCACAACGGGUGGCACCAACCUCCGCGAUGACAUCAUGAGGCUCGACGAGACAGUACACGUUGUGAUUGCCACCCCUGGGAGGAUCCUGGACCUCAUUAAGAAGGGUGUGGCCAAAGUCAAUCAGGUUCAGAUGAUGGUUUUGGAUGAGGCAGACAAGCUGUUGUCCCAGGACUUUGUCGUGAUGAUGGAGGAGAUAUUGAGCUACCUGCCCAAACAGAGACAGAUUCUGCUCUACUCUGCUACCUUCCCUCUCAGCGUGCAGAAGUUCAUGAACUCUCACCUGUCCAAGCCCUACGAGAUCAACCUGAUGGAGGAGCUGACCCUGAAGGGGGUCACCCAGUAUUAUGCCUACGUUACAGAGAGACAGAAGGUCCACUGUCUCAACACGCUCUUCUCCAGGCUCCAGAUCAACCAGUCUAUAAUCUUCUGUAACUCGUCUCAGAGGGUGGAGCUGCUGGCCAAGAAGAUAUCUCAGCUGGGCUACUCGUGUUUCUACAUUCAUGCCAAGAUGAGACAGGAGCACCGUAACAGAGUGUUCCAUGACUUCAGAAACGGGCUCUGCCGGAACCUGGUCUGCACAGACCUCUUCACAAGAGGUAUUGAUAUUCAGGCGGUGAAUGUGGUGAUCAACUUUGACUUCCCCAAGCUGGGCGAGACGUACCUGCAUCGCAUCGGCAGAUCUGGUCGUUUUGGUCACCUGGGUCUGGCCAUCAACCUGAUCACAUACGAUGAUCGCUUCAAUCUGAAGGGCAUCGAGGAGCAGCUGGGAACAGAGAUCAGACCCAUCCCCGGCUGCAUAGACAAGAGUCUGUACGUCGCAGAGUACCACACUGAGAACGGAGAGGUCAAGCUGUGAGGUGGAGGACGAACAGAGGUGAAGAUCAGAUGAGACCCCCGUCCCCGUCGCCCCUCCCUUCUGUGUCCUGGACUAUUUUUUUUUUUUGUCUUUUUUGUUGUUGUUGGAUAUCUAACUUCCCGUCUGUCGGUCUUCCUUCCUGUUUUUGGGUGCCACCUCAUGGAAACGUGUACGAUCUGUGAGGGACAACAAACCCGCAGAGGAACUCAUGAUGUCCCUGUUCUAGGGUCCUCUCUCUGCUGCGAUGCACUGAAGACUACGACCUCCUACAGUACUGGGAGGAGGAAGGCAGGGAACGUGGAGAACUGUCUUUCAAUGGAAAUGGAUUUGAUCAUUUCCAUCUUUCUCCUGCUCCAAUCUACCCUGAACACUGCCUGCCAGUCAGCACUUACCCCUCCGGCCCCUCCCUCCUCUCCCUGCCCGGCCCCUCCCUCCUCUCCCUGCCCGGCCCCUCCCUCCUCUCCCUGCCCGGCCCCUCCCUCCUCCUCUCCCUGCCCGGCCCCUCCCUCCUCCUCUCCCUGCCCGGCCCCUCCCUCCUCCUCUCCCUGCCCGGCCCCUCCCUCCUCCUCUCCCUGCCCGGCCCCUCCCUCCCUCCUCUCCCCUGCCCGGCCCCUCCCUCCCUCCUCUCCCUGCCCGGCCCCU